AAAACCCUUUAAUGUCUAAACUUGAUUUUGAAAGAUGGGUUGAUUAGCAACUAUGUGAUUUAGAACAAGGACUAAUAAGUAGAUCCUCUGGUGAUGAUGAAUUAUGGAAAUACACUCUUGAGCUCUGUUCAUUUCUCGAAUUGAUGGGAAGAGCUUUACCAACACUGUUCAACUCUGCUUAUAAUUUUACUGAGUUUGUUGCUGAUGGAGUCAUAUUUGCUGAAAUUAAUGUACACUUGACCAGAGACCUUGCUGAAAUGAGAAUCUUUGUCAUCUCUGUAAGAGCUCCAUGGUGGGCAUGCCUGAAGCAAGGAAACAUGAGUCACGAGACGAACACAUCUGACUUGCCAGUUCAACUAAAAGCGGAGCGACAGCCUUCUACUUGGUGCAUUGGUCAAUGCCUUUGUUUAUGUUAUUCUUUAUUUGCUGGUGAAGUUAAUGUAGCUUAUUACUACUAAUAUGCAAGAAUAAC